CCCCAAAUUCACAUCUUACUUCCAAAAGCGAUAUUAAUGGAGUUCAUAAAAGUUAAAGAAAUCGGCCAUGGAAGCUUCAGUAAAGUCAGCUUAGCAAAACCCAUAUUUCAAAAUUCAAACUUUCCGUCUUUGGUGGCUGUAAAAUCAUGUGGGCUGAGUCAAUUUGGUUUUUUAAUGAAAGAACGUGUAAUCCUGGACGAAUUGUCGGGUUGUCCGGAGAUUAUUAAGUGUUAUGGAGAUUGUUUUAAAGUUGAAAACAGAGAAAAAUUGUAUAAUGUGGUUUUGGAGUAUGCUUGUGGCGGGUCGUUGGCGAAUCGGGUCAUGAAUUCGGGUCAAGUAUUUGAUGAAUGUGAAAUUAGAGAUUAUACACAUUCGGUACUGAAAGGGAUUCGGUAUUUUCAUGAAAAAGGGUAUGUACAUUGUGAUAUAAAGCUUGAAAAUAUUUUGUUAUCUGAUAAUGGGGAUGUGAAAAUUGCCGAUUUUGGGCUAGCGAAAAGGAUAACAGAGGAGAAGGGUUCAACAUUCGAUAUACGAGGUACGCCGUUAUAUAUGGCGCCUGAGACGGUUAAAAAAGGGGAACAAGGACAGGCGGCCGAUAUUUGGGCGUUUGGUUGUUUGGUUUUGGAGAUGUUUACUAGGAAGCCAGUUUGGAAUAUUUCGGAUGUUUGUGGGCUUUUUUUGAAAAUUGGUGUGGGUGAAGAAAUUCCCGAAAUUCCCGGGGAAUUAUCAGACGCGGGAAAAGAUUUUUUAUCAAAGUGUUUAGUGAAGGAUGUGAGGAGAAGAUGGACGGCUGAGAUGCUUUUAGGCCAUCCGUUUGUUAACGGCGGAAAGCGUUGGGUCAGUCCAUCGAGAUCUCCGAGAAACCCGUUUGAUUUCUCGGAUUGGGAGACCGAAAAAUCGUGUUGGGUGACACCGUGCUCGCGGCCGGAAAUGAAAUUGGAAGUGGGGUUAUGGACCCGACAAGAAAAGAGAGUGUCAGUAUCAAAUAGAUUACGACAUCUAGUGAACAAUGAAAGACCAAAUUGGUCUGAUAUUGAAAGUUGGAUCACAAUUAGAUGAACUUUUUACAUUUUUCAUGGAUUAGACAUUAGAUUAAGAGGAUGGGAUCUUGGAUUUGGAAAAUUUUGUAAGAUUAUUGUAAAUAUUCAAAGUUUUAUACUCGUAAUUCUGUAGAUAUGAUGUUGGUAGUUAUAA